AUGCCUGGCUGUGACGCCGUGCCGCAGGCUUCGCUCUGUGCGACUCACUGUGGCUGUGGCGGUGGUGGUGGAAGCAUGGUGCGAGUGUGGGGGGCCAUGGCCCCUGCCCGCCUUGUCUUCCUCUUCCUCCUGAUGGCCGUGUGCUUCAUGGAGACCUGCGCUGCUCCGUGGCGAGCACCGGGAGCAGAUGAUGACCUCCUGGAUCCAGAUUUCACGCCUGUGCCUGAGGGACAACCCAGAGGCCCUGCUGGCGAAUCAGAAUGCAAUCCUGUCCAUGAGCCUGAGGGGAAUGCUGGAGGUGUGAGUGGAGGAGGUGAUCCAGCUUCCCCUCUGAGUUCCAAGACCGAAACCCGGGCGGAUGGCAUGGGUCUGGAAAGGGGAAAGGAUGAAUCCAACAGAGGAAAGUCCUCCCAGGGGUCUUACCAUCCGAGAGAGCUGCUGAAGGAAAUGGAAGUGGCAGCUCAUGGGCUGAAUGCAGGGAAAAGCACAAAGGCUGCUGUUGGCAGAUCUGUGCGGCAGCGCCACGUGGCAGUGAUGGUGCUGCUCUCAGCUGUGCUGCUGUCUGUGCUGGUGCUGGCCUGCGUCGCUGCGUCGCGGACGUGGAACACAUGCCUUGUGUGCAAGAGGGGAGAGAGAGCAGCAGAGCGAGCUCAUCCUGACACCAGCUGGGAGGGAGUUCCAGCUGGAGAUGAAGUGGAGAGUGGAGAGGCAACGAGAGAGAUCCUUGCCCAAGCCAACAAGAACCUCAGCAAUAGUUCCAGUCCGUUCUGUUCUGCCAUCCCAGAGGCCAGAGGUGUUCAGACUCGUCUGGAAGACCUGGAGCGUGAACUCCAAGCCAUGAAAGAGGUCCGUGGGAACAGUGGUGAGUGCUGCUUCCCGUCAGAGGACAGCCCUGAAAGUGAGAGCGGAGGAUCAGCGGCAGAGCAUUUGCCCUUCACCCUCCGUUCCCUGGGACGAGUAUCACCAAUAGUUCGAAGGUUCUUAGCUCGCCAUAGCUACAAUCCUUUUGAGGGUCCCAAUGAGGACCCAGAAAGCGAGCUUCCUCUGACCGCCGGGCAGCACGUUUAUGUCUUUGGAGAUGUGGAUGAGGACGGCUGGUUUCUGGGAGAGCUGACGGAUGGCACGAGAGGGCUGGUCCCUUCCAGUCUGGUGACAGAGGUUUCAGAUGAUGAGCUGGACACAACGAUGCCUCCCGAGCUCUGUGAUCUGCUGGAAACGGAUGAUUAAGUCGAUGCAAAGAGUCCAUAAUGCAGCAACAUCCUGUCGCAAUUCUUGCCUCACUCCAUCUGCAAGACGACCCCCCGCUCCACUUGAUGUUCGAGUGAAGUGUGAGCAGGAUGUGGAUGAGCUCCUCCUGGGAAGAUCUGAGAUGACUGACAGUGCGAC